GAAAAGCCCAUAAGAGGCUUCUUAAUAUUUUGCAAUGUGCUAUAGAAGACAUUGAUUCUUUCAAGGAACAGAUCAUCGAUCACGAGAGGAAAGUAGCUGAAAGUGUAGGCUCAUCAGUAACCGUUGACGAUCAUGAAGCCUUUGCAAGAGCGCUCACUUUGAGCUACAACGAUCUUCCGUCUCAUUUGAACGCUUGCUUUAUGUAUUUCGGAGUUUUCCCAAAAUCUAGUGAGAUUUCUGUGAAUAAAUUUAUCAGAUUAUGGGUUGCAGAAGGACUCCUAGAGCUAAAAGGGCAUGAUGAAUCAGAGAAUGAGGCUGCUAGUCUUUUACAACAGCUUAUUGAUGGAAGUCUAGUUGUCGUUAGCAAGCGAAGUUUGAACGGAAAAAUCAAGACAUGUAGGGUUCACGGUCCUGCUCAUGAUUUAUGCUUGAGAGAAGCUGAAUGCAAGAAUCUUUUGUAUGUUGUAAAUCCUGAAACAGGUAAAACAUACAGAAUGUUUUCUCCUCAAGGUCGUCAAUGGGUGUCAGUUAAUUCGAAGGGAGAUUAUCAUCCUGUUCCUUUCGAUGAUCUUACUCAUAGCAGAAUGCGUUCCCUUCACUUUUUUGUAAGUGGAACUGAGCCUACGAAUGAAUUGAGACUGUCUAAUUUCAAGCUUCUUAGAGUACUGGACUUGCAGUCAUUGGUACUCAAUGAUUUCCCUACUCCACUAUUAGACCUGGUUUGCUUAAGGUAUGUGGCUUUGACGAUUACAAUCUCUAAAUGUCUACAGAUUUCCAGUCUUUGGAAUUUACAAACUUCCACUGUUCACGGAAGUGCUCUAGUACAGUCUCCUACCAUAUCUUUUCAAAAUGAAAUUAUAGAAAUGCCUCAAUUGAGGUAUCUCCAUUCUACAAGAUUGUAUAUAUCUUCUCCUAUGAAGGUACCGGUUUUGGACAACUUGCAAAGUUUUUCUAGAUUGAAUCCUUCUUGCUACACAAAGGAAAUAUUUCAGGGGAUUAGGAAAGUGAAAAAGUUGGGAAUUUUUGGCAGAGGAUGAAUUUUGUAGUCUGCCCCAGUGCCUAGAUAAUCCUAUAUAUUUACCUGAACUCGAGACACUAAAUAUUGGAUCGUCCGAAUCUCCAUUUGCAAAAUCAUUUUUUAGGCUUCCAUGUUUGAGUUCUUUCCCACCAAAUCCCAAGAAGUUGACACUUUACAGCACUUAUCUACAACGGGAGGACAUGAGGAUCAUUAGCCAACUGCUCAAACUCGAGGUGCUCAAAUUGAAAGCUAAUGCCAUUAUGCUAGAACGGUGGGAAGUAACAGAGACAGGAUUUCCUGAAUUGAAGUUGUUGCUCCUUGAAGAUUUGCCUCUCCAGUAUUGGAGAGCCACUGAUGAUUCUUUCCGAUGCCUGGAGUGUGUAAUUAUCAAAAACUAUAGUUGCUUAAAAGAGAUUCGUGAAGGAUUUGCUAAGAGUAUGACACUGCAGCUAAUUGAGUUGCACAGUUGUUCUUCUUCCCUAGUGAAUGUUGCUGAGCAAAUACAGAAAGACCAAGAGAAUUUUGGAAACAAUAUCCUUAAAGCUCAUGUUCUCAAUACAAAAGCUUUAGCUGUAAUGGCCAUUGUGCUAUGUCAACCUCAGAUGUAAGUCGUGAAGAGACAGCAGAGGAAGAUAUUUAGAAUAUUUGAAGAAAAAUAUAAAGGAAGAAGCAGAGGAAGAUACAGAAAAGAGUAUUGAGGUAGACUUGUGAAGAAAUGUCUUUUGGAUUUACAUUGCUAAGGAAUUUACAAAUAGUACCAAACUGCAGCUCGUUGAGUUACUGAUUGUUAUGUAAACAAAUCCAACGAGAGCAAGGUAUGCCAACAAUGUGGUAACUCGUGCUUGUUUUUGUUCUAUUCUUGUUCUUGUUUCUAGUAGUAGUGGUGGUGAUUUUACUCUCAGAACUUUGAGAAAAAUAAAUAGAAUGUAUAGAGUUACUCUGUAAUUACGCUGUGGGAUUUGUAUCCAAACUUAGCUUGUCUAAAUGGGUAUUUACAUUUUCUUUGUUGGUUUAACAAUAUGGUAUAAAGUGAAUAACA